AUGGAUAAAAUAAAUUAUCGCAAAUGUCCGCUAAAAAAGCGUCCUAUAUUACUAGUGGACCCAGUAGCGGAAGUGAAUACAAUUCUUAAGGAUCGACAAGACGAAGGUCCUGUGGAUUUAAGUAAAUCAGCUUAUCCUCAAGUAUCCUCGACAAAAAUCGACUCAAGUGCGGAAAUACAAAUUCAGGUUAAUGCUCAAUCUAAAGAGGAAUUGGCCCGACGUAUUUGGGAGGAGACAAGAGAAAUUGCUAAAGCUUUCCCGGAGGUCUUUACGCGAGAAGAAAUUGCACGUAGUUUAGCUCGCUUAGGCUAUGGAGAUUUCCCCUUACCACCGGAAGGACAACCAGGAGAAGCAGAAGAAGAACAGCAAUUAGCACCUAUUCAUUUACAAAACAUCUCACCAACUCACAUGAACUUGAAAUCUUCUCCUUGUCCUCCUCUUUCUAACUUUCCAAGAGAUGAACAUUUUUAUAACGUUCCGAUCAAAAUUGAACCAAAGGAUAGCGAAGUUAUUGAGCCAGUUAUGCGGAAUUUUAAUAAUAACCUAAUGAAAAGUAUAGCCGAAUAUGAGGACUGUUUGCAUACCAGCAACUUUUCUAGAGAAACUUCCCCUCACGUGUUGGAAGGUAGCGUCCCUUAUAAUCAAACAAUGGAUAACUAUUCUGAACCUCAAGAUUUAAGUAUAAAAUCGUCGUCUGUUAACGCCUCGGGCGACAGUGUCAGCUUGCAUCACGUAGCACGAGCUCUUUUGGGUUUGCAGAAUGUUCAUCCCCAUCAACAAACCGUUGACGAAAUGCAGCAGUACAAUGAUUGUAGCAGCAACAACAACGAUCAUCGCAAUAACACUUACAAUGUUAAAGAAGUUUUAAAACCUUUAAGCAACAAUACAAAUUUGGGUUUAAAAUUGAAAACCUCUAACGAUUUGUAUUAUCAGUGUCAACAAUGUAACAAAUGCUAUUCAACUUACGCUGGUUUGGUGAAACAUCAGCAGAGUCACGCUUUCGAGAGUACAGAAUACAAAAUAAUACGCAGCAAUCCGGAGGGUAGUAAUGAAAGUUACGAUUCUUCGGAAUUUUCCACCGAUCAAGCAGCUGCUCUUAUACAAGCGUCAACGUUGGCCUCAACACAAUCUAUGCAAAAACCAGUAGGUGUGCCGCGUUAUCAUUGCGAUGAUUGCGGCAAAUCCUAUUCAACUUUUUCGGGUCUAAACAAACAUCAACAAUUUCAUUGCCCUGCGGCUGAGGGUAAUCAAGUGAAAAAGAUUUUUAACUGUAAAAAUUGUGAUAAAACUUAUGUUUCGUUGGGUGCUUUGAAAAUGCACAUCAGAACUCAUACUUUGCCCUGUAAGUGUCCGAUAUGUGGUAAAGCGUUCUCAAGACCCUGGCUACUGCAAGGUCAUAUACGAACGCAUACUGGUGAGAAACCGUUUAGUUGCCAGCAUUGUAAUCGUGCUUUUGCCGAUCGUUCCAAUCUACGGGCACAUAUGCAAACGCAUUCGGAUGUUAAGAAAUAUUCUUGCCCUUCAUGCACUAAAUCGUUUUCUCGCAUGUCUUUAUUGGGCAAACACCUACAAAAUGGUUGCCAGUCGUCACCCAAGGAAGCUAGUAACGCUAUCAUGGAAUCAGGCGGUCCCUUUAGUCAACAUCAGCAGAAUAUGCCGCAGCAUAGGCAAGAUCUGCAAAAUAAUUAUUCCCCUCCGACGGGUUACAAUGAGAACAUCAAUCCAGCGCAUCAAUCGCGUAUCUAUUAUGCAGACAGUGUAUGCAGCAGUAUAGGCGAAGAAGACGAGGAUUAUAUGCAUUCUACAACGACAAGAAUGUCUCAUCACUCUUUAAUGGGACCAAUGAACGAGUUUUGAAUGCAAAUGUUCUCAGUAUUUCUUUGAAGACGU